UGCAAACACCUACGCGACGCAUCAAGAUUAUUCCGCGCGUUGACUACGUGAUUUUCGGAGUAGUGGCUUGGAACGCGAAAUGUUUUUCAAGUAAACUAAUAAAACCUGGUCGUUAAGAUUGUUUAUUUAGUCGAAACGAGAGACGAAAAAAAAGUAAAGUACCAAGACUUUGAAAAAUUUACUUUGGGAAAACGAAAAAACGCAAACAUGUGGUCCAUCGUUUGGGCAGUAACAAUAUUCGUGACUACAGGAAACGCUGCUUAUUUUACAAUGAGUGAAGUCGAGUUGGACAUUCCGGGAAAUAGAAGCAUUCUUUUACCAAACAAUACAGCCAUCGCUACAAUGUACGCUCUAAAUGAUCAUCCGAAUCCGAAUAAAAUAGACCAUGUUUGGUAUUCACUGCAAAAAUUGCAAGAGAGGCACUAUUUAGAAAUUUAUCACGGAACUGGAGAUAUAAUGUUUUCUACGGCUUUUUUAAAUGAAACUGCGAAAAAUAUCUCCGAAGUGAGGACAUCAGUGUUCGCAAGCGACAGUCUUCGCCAGGACAAAACCACGUUCCAAGUCAACAUCCUGCCAGCAGACGUCGUCGACUGCGACCUUAUAACCGCCGAUUUGUGCUUUUGGAAAUCGGUUAGAUACCGGGUGUUCGAGAACCGCAAACCGAGCUUAAUCGGCUCUUUGUCUUCCGCGUACCUGGUCGAAAUGUGCCCAGGUUACAAAAUCAACUACACCUUGAUAAACGGUUCUUCCCACUUUUCGCUAAUUCCGCCCACGGACCUUAACAAAACUUGGGGUUUGAAGACGACGAGAUCUCUAGACCGUGACGUUUCCAGAAACAACACCAUCACCAGAAGUUUCGGUAUUGGCCAGGUGGUGAAUAUCACCGUUGGCUGUAAUCUUGUCAACCCAAAGGGCACGAAGCGUAACGUAACAAAGACAUUGAGCGUCACGGUUCUGGACGAGGACGACAACGUUCCGUUCACACGUAAUAACAGCAUCGUUAGAAUAACCGUCGAAAAGGCUUCUAUUAUAAAGAAUCACUCUCUUCUAUCCGGAGUACAGAACAGCCAAGCGUUGAUGUUCUACGACAGAGAUUCAAAGGGAGUGAAUGUCUAUAGGACGAAACUCACUGGAAACGGGACCUCCUUUCUACGGCAAGAGUGCAAAGAGGGCGAGGACGACCGUCACGGCGAACACCAGACCGUUUUCAAAUGCGAUUUGAUUGUGACGAAAAGUUUAAAAGAAUACAACACAACUUAUACCGUGGUAUUACUUGUUAAUGAUACGACGUUGUUGCCUGGAUAUGGAAAGAGUAUCAUCGAACAGCCGAUUGAGAUUAAGGUCGUUUUGAAGAAAGACAAAGAACUUCAUCAACCGAAACCGGCGGAAAAUACCAUUUUAUAUCCAAGCACGCAUUUUGAAAUUUCUAGAACAGCAGCGCCUUUCGUUCGAAUUACUGAGCCAGAUCCUAAAUUAAAACGAUGGAAUCCAACCAAUUUUCGAAUCAAAAAAAGGUUUAACGAUCCCAAUCGCGUUGUUGCCAUUACAAAUCGAACGGGUAUAAUUUAUCUUGAUAGUAAUAAUUUAACGAAAAUAAAAGAUCCCAUUAAAUUAAUUGUUGAAUGGAAACGGAAUAAUACAAAAGAAAGUGAAAAUAUAACGAUAUCCAUUAUCGAGUCAAACUCUUGUUUGGGUAAAACAUCGGAUAUUAAUGAUUGGGUUCAUUGUGCUGAAAAGGAAAAUGCCGCAAGUUGUGAAAAGGAAUGUGGGUUAGCCACAGGUGGUCCAGUAAAUAACUUGGCUAAGGAUUUUUAUAAUAAGCAAUCUCGAUGUUUUUGGGUAACAUCAAAGUUAGGAAAUUAUUCAACUUGUUCACCAGGUCCUCCACAUUGUCCCGACCAACACUGCGAUGAAUUAGAACAGUUAUAUCCCUUGAUAUGUCCCCAAGAUUGUGCAGAGAGAAUGUCUUUAUCAACACCUAAAAAUGAAGAAACUGGGUAUGGAAUCGGAAGAGCAAGUGGUGUUUGUACCUGUGAUAUAAACGCGGAAUGUUUUUGUGAAACAAGACUACCGAAAAAGAAACACAAGACAACAACGACAACGAUAACUCCAUUACAACAGCAUGAAAGCAAUUUGACGAAGAGUUCCCCUCAUAUCGGGAAACAUCCAAGCUCCGAAAUUCAACCAUGCGGAACAUCGUGCAUGUUGGGAAUAGCUUCGGGAGUAGUUUCUCUCCUGGGAUUUGUAGCGGUGAUUGUCGUAUACUGGAGGCACGAUCGCGCCCAAAAAGGAGUCCGAGGAAAAUUGUCGCAGGACGCACAGGAUCUGCAAGCUCCUCUCUCCGAUUACGUGGACAGAAGUAUCCUACAGGAUAGCCUCCAGCUAAAUUUCGACAUGAUAACCGCACUCAAUCAGGAGCACAAAAUUGGGCCCGAUCCGAGGUGGGAAUUCCCCAGAGGACAACUGAUCAUCGAGCAAACACUCGGUGAGGGCGAGUUUGGACGGGUCCUUCGAGCGAAAGCCAAGGACAUUGCUGGUCAAGUAGGACACACAACUGUCGCAGUGAAGACUUUAAAAGAAGACGCUCGCGGUGGCGAACUUGCGGAUCUUCUUUCUGAGUAUGAAUUAUUGAAAGACGUGUCUCAUCCUAAUGUGAUCAAGUUGCUCGGGGCGUGUACUUCCCCCGGAGGACCGGUAUAUUUAAUCAUCGAGUUUGCCCAAUACGGUUCCCUAAGGAGUUAUCUCCGCCGAUCAAGACACUUAAAGCCGGAAACUCGACAUCCAAGAAUUUUAUCGCUAGAUGAGAAUGAUCCAAGUUUAAAUUACGAUCAUCCAAAUGCAACGGUUGAGAAAAUUCUCCCGAAAGAUAUACUUUCAUUUGCUUGGCAAAUUAGUAAAGGAAUGUCUUAUUUAGCCGAAAUAAAAUUGGUUCAUAGAGAUUUAGCGGCAAGAAAUGUUUUAUUGGCAACGGGAAAAGUUUGUAAAAUAUCCGAUUUUGGUCUAACCAGAGACGUAUAUGAAGACAAUGCGUACUUCAAACGGAGUAAAGGCCGAGUGCCUGUGAAAUGGAUGGCCCCGGAGUCUUUAUCAGACCAUGUCUACACGUCCAAGUCGGACGUUUGGAGUUUUGGUAUCCUGGUGUGGGAAUUGGUAACAUUAGGGGCGACUCCUUAUCCCGGAGUUCUCGUACAAAAUUUGUUCAACUUUCUGCGACAAGGUUAUAGAAUGGAACGCCCGGAAAACUGUUCGGUAACGCUUUACAAAACGAUGAGAAAUUGUUGGAAUUUGGAUCCAAACGAGCGACCUUCUUUUCAAGCUUUAACAGAUAAAUUUGAAAAAAUGUUAACUGAUGGUGUUGAUUAUUUGGAUUUAAGUACAAACGCAAUUCAUAAUCGAAGUUAUUUUUGUGCUAAUAUAAAUAGCGACAAGGAAGAAAAUAUCGAAAAUUCUAAUAAUAACAGCCCAGUUGCCCCAUCAGUAAAUUAUUUAGACAAAUUACAACAAUACGUUAAAUGUGGAGAAUCGGAUAAAUUAUUAAAUGAUAACAGCCAAGUUGAAUAUAAUAACAUAACCAAUGUUGCACUUACCACAAAUUUAUCUACACAGGGUUACGAAAGUCCAAAUAAAUUGCCAAAUACAACAGAAAGAUCUGUUACUCCAACAAAUGAAUGUCCACAGUAUUACACAAGCAUGGCUAAACAACAAAAUUAAAACCAAAUUUAAUUUCUUUAAACGCUAGUCAGUUAAUACAAAUAUGUUCUAGUCAGUAUAAAGACUUUUUUAUGGUGUACAUAAUCUUGCAUUUAUAAAAAAAACGCUGCAAUAAGCAAAAUGAAAUUUAUUAAUUUACAUUGCAAUUUUUUCUUUAACGUGCAAUAAAUGAUAUUCUAAAAUCAACGUAUUUUAUAAUAAUUUCUUAUUUGUUAAGAUUUUUUUUAUAACAUAG